AUGGAAAACGACAUUGACAUACCUCCGCCUUCGUACAAGAUAGUCUUGUUGGGUGACUCAUCUGUAGGGAAGACAUGUUUGGUACACAGAUUUAUUACGAACAAAUUUGACCAAAAUACGGCGAACACUAUCGGGGCAGCUUUCAUCACCAAAAAGUACACAUCUGCGAACAAGCCAGAUAGGCAGUUGAAGUUUGAGAUCUGGGACACGGCCGGUCAGGAACGAUACCGUUCACUUACUCCUAUGUACUAUCGUAAUGCCAAAGUAGCGUUAGUUUGUUUUGACAUGAACAACUUUGAAACGACGUUCAAGACUGCGAAGUUCUGGAUCGAGCAGAUUGAAUUAAACGGUGCUACUGAUGCGUCAGAUCCCAUAGAAAUACGGCUCGUGGGAAACAAGAUGGAUUUGUUCGACAAGCCGCAGCCAGAGGAUUUAACGGAAGAACAACAGAACAGGGCUAAAGACCAGAAACAGGAAACUAACAACACUAUCACCUUCCACAGGACAAGUGCGAAGGAUGGCAGUGGGGUGACGGAGGUAUUUGAUAGCAUUAUCGAUAAUCUUGAUGAUGAUUUCUUCAAGUUUUAUUUCGAUAAAAAGAGGGCCGAGUUGGAGGCUGGACGGGACGGAGACCAACUCUCGAAUAUAUUGGGUAGCCGUCUUCAGAAUACCGCUACCUCACGUUGUUGCUGA